AUGUUGCCCGAACCGCCGCCCGAUGUCGAGGCGUGCUUGGACUCGAUAACAUGUAUUCUUGGCAUAUCUCUGACCGCCAUUGUUCCUGCCAUUGCGCUUGUGAUUGUUGCGCUCCAUGUUUUGGGACUGGAGCCACCUAAAAUCCCGAUUUUUACCCAAUUUAUCACCGAAGAUGAUAUCGUAGCUGUUGAAGUUGAAGAGGCUGCGAACAAUACCAAACCAAAGGCAACACCUCCACCCGAUGCUGACAUCCCAACCGAACGCUCGUCACUGCUUCCCAACAGCGGCACCCAAGCCACUCGACCCGACAGUUGGCGCCAAAUUACAUUCACUGUUCUGGCUCUCCUGGAAACCGCUGGGUGGACUGCAGCUGUUGUUGACCGAGCAAGGCAUGGCGCAGGUCUCUUGGCUCUUGUCACCGCAAUUGUCGCACUUGUUUCUUGGGUUUACGCCGCUCUUCGUCCGAAUAUCAGGCCCUCGCGCACCCCUUACUAUGACCUCCUUACCAUUUAUUUCAGCCAUUUCCUUGCUGCAUGUGUCGCUCUCUAUGAAUCUUCUACCUCAGCUACCGGUAGUAUCGGAUUCAGCACAGACAGGCUUGCCCAUGUCAUCAGUUCACUCUUGACUUUUGUGGGAUUGGCCGCAAUCGUCAAUAUGCCACUAUCGCUGACCGGGAAGCCCGAGGUUGAUGAAGAUGGCUUGCAUCCGUCACUCGAGGACUAUUGUACUCUCUGGCAAUGGAUGACAUUCACUUGGGUCAGCCCCAUCAUUUCGUUGGGAGUUGUCCGACCUCUCGAAGAAAAAGAUGUGUGGAGACUCAGCCGGUCCAUGCGCACUCGAACUUUGAUGCGCAAAUUCCUCCAAGUCCAGCGGCCAUCGCUCCUGCGUCGCAUUCUCGUAGCAAAUGCCAUGGAUUUGUUCCUUGACGGUUCGUUAACGGUCAUAUCGACUCUCAUGAACUUUUCCGCACCUUUCUUCCUUAACCUGACUCUCCGAGCCAUGUUCGACGACCAACCAGUCUCGGCAUCGUCGGCUAGCUUUUCAACUUCUUCCCUUACCGACAAUCUUCAUUUUUAUGCCUCUGUUUCUCUAGAUUCGAUAUUCCUGCCCACUUGGGUUCGCACUUUUGGAGGCGCAGAACAAGCCUUUACCAGUGCCACAGAGUCCCCUCGCAAACUGCAGCGUAGUGAUGCCUACUUCUUUGCCAUCGCCGCAUUCGUUUGCCAACUCAUCAAGUCCCAGAGCGAUUUGCAACACUUGUACUUUUCCCGUCGAGCUUCGGUUCGUGUCAAGGGAGAGCUUGUUGCAAGCGUUUACGAAAAGGCAUUGAAACGCAAGGACGUGACCGGCGCUGUCCAAAAGAACCAAGAGAAGGAUGUGAAGGGCAAGGGCAAGGGAAAAGCAGCCAAGCCUGAAGAUCCCCAAGACUCGUCCAGCGCAGACGUCGGAAAGAUUGUAUCCCUUAUUGCGGCCGACUCGGAGCGUGUGUCAAGGUUCGUCUCUAUGGGUCCUUUCAUCUACGAUGCCCCGCUUAGUAUCAUUAUCGCUUGCACUAUGCUCUACAACCUCAUGGGGUGGACUGCGUUUGCUGGAUACGUUGCCUUGCUUAUCGCGCUGCCUAUCAACACAGUUAUCGUGCGCCGUACCUCUUCGUUCCAACGAUCCGUCUCGUCCAUGCGUGAUCGCCGUAUGAGGGCUAUGAACGAAGCAAUCCAGUCCAUCAAAUUUAUCAAGUUCUCGGCCUGGGAAUCCCGCUGGAUCAAUCGUGUUCUCGAGGCUCGGAGCGACGAACUCAAGUGGCUCCGCAAACUCAAAAUAUCGUUCUUUUUCCUCGGGAUGAUGUGGGACAUUGUCCCUAUUUUGGUUUCGGCUAUUAGCUUUUCAUGCUUUACUCUGAUAGCCAAGAGACAGCUGACGGUGGAUAUUGCUUUCCCGUGCAUUACGGUCUUUAGCAUGUUGAGCCAGAGUUUGACGGCUCUUCCGAUGAUCGCGAAUUGGUUCGUGAUGUGCAUGGUCGCUGUCAAGCGCAUCGAAAAGUAUCUUUCCGAGGAAGAAGUGCCAGAAUACGUAUCGUCUCUCAGGCGUGCUGCACCUUCCCCACACGAACCCGUCGACUCCCGCAUCGGCUGCGCAGGCGCCACGUUCCGUUGGCCCGAAGCGCCCACCGACGACGCGCAGAAAAAGGAAACCAAACCUGGGUUCUUUUCCAAGAUCGGCUCCGCCUGGGGGUCUCUCACCGGGUUCAUCGGCCGCGUAUUCGUUCUGCUGAGGUUAAAGAAAAGGCCUGAAGAAGUUCCUAAAGGUGACGAUGGUGACGAUCGCACCGAACCUGAAGAUGUCCCCGAAAAGCCGUUCGAGUUGAAGAAUGUGAGCAUUGUGUUUCCCGAGGGUGUCAUGUCGCUUGUGUCCGGACCUACGGGAAGUGGGAAAUCGUCCUUGCUUGCCGCGCUCUUGGGCGAGAUGGAUCGUAUCGAGGGCGAAGUGUAUCUUCCAAAGGAGCCGACCCGCUUGAACGAGAAGACUGGACUCCCGAUGACGAUUAGUUAUUGCGCGCAGCAACCCUGGUUGGAGCAUAAAACUAUCAAGGAUAACAUCUUGUUUGGGUCUCCGUAUGAUAAGGAGCGUUAUGAGGCUACAUUGAGUUGUUGCGCUCUGUUGCCCGAUCUUGCCGUUCUGGAAGAUGGCGACCAAACGGAAAUCGGAGAGAAGGGUGUGUCUUUAUCUGGAGGCCAAAAGGCUCGAGUUGCUCUCGCACGUGCUGUAUACGCUCGAACCCAGGUCGUAUUAAUGGACGACGUUUUGUCCGCUGUUGACUCUCAUACUGCCGAGCUUAUCGUCAAACGCUGCUUCCUGGGGCCUCUUAUGAAGCACCGUACCGUUAUUUUGGUGACCCACCAUGUUGACCUUGUCCUUCCCGCGGUCUCCUGGGUCGUCAAGCUUUACGAAGGCCAAGUUGAAUCCCAGGGCACGGUUGCACAACUCCGUGAAUCAGGAGCACUAUCGUCCAUCCGCGCGGGGCAGAAAGAAAUCGAGUUGACAGAGGAAGUGAUCACGACCGAGAGCGGAGAGGACCAAACCGGCGGGCCAAAGGAUCCGAACAAGACUGCGAGGAAGUUGGUGGAGGACGAAAAGAAGGCCAGCGGAAGCGUCGGUAUCGCUGUUUACAAGACUUAUUUGUCUGCGGCUUCCUACGUCCUGUUCUGCUUCCUGGUUCUGUUCCUGCUCUCGGAUGAGUUGUCCAAGUUGUUCCAAAAGUUCUGGAUCAAGUAUUGGAGCGAGAGUUAUAUGACUCAGGACGCCCAGGUUUACACUUCAAGCGGAUGGCUCGAGUGGAAGUUCCCUCCUGCCAACCAAAAUGUUCUUCCCUACCUGUUGGUCUAUAUUGGAAUUCAGGCAUGGAUCUCUUUUAUCAAUAUUAUCAGCCAAAUCCCUAGCAUCAUGUCAACUUUGCGAGCCUCUCGAUUGCUCUACGAAAAAAUGCUGAGAUCCGUGAUGCGCUCUCCAAGUCGGUUCUUUGACAAGACUCCUUCAGGGCGUAUAUUGAACCGAUUCAGCAAAGACAUUGACACUAUCGAUGGAGGCCUUCAAGAUUUCAUGAUACAAGUGCUCAGUCAGAUGAUCACACUCUCAGUCGCAGUCGGUACCAUCGUUUAUGCUGUUCCGGUUUUCAUCGUACCUGCGAUUGUGAUCGCAUACAUUCACUUGUGGUUUGCCCGUGGCUACAUCAAUGCGUCGCGUGAUCUCCGCCGCAUUGAGUCAAACACCCGGUCUCCUAUCGUUUCAUCGUUCAGCGAGCUUGUUGUUGGCAUCGUCACCGUCCGUGCAUUCGGUUCGGAAAAGUCGUUCCUAAACAACAUGUACAAGCGCGUCGAUCGUACCCAGGCUGCCACUCAUUACUACUGGAUGUGUAACCGUUGGCUGUUGUUCCGCUUCGAUUCCCUGGGAGCAUUGUCAGUUCUUAUUGCCACUGCUGGAUCCUUACUGGGAGGAGCUUCGGCUGGGUUGGCCGGUAUUGUUAUUGUUCAAGCUCAAGCCUAUGUCCGAGGGCUGUACUGGGGUCUCCGAUUCUGGACCGAACUCGAACAAUCUCUUAACUCUGUCGAACGUGUGCAAGAAUAUUUAGAUCUUCCCUCAGAACCUCCUGCGGUUAUCGAGUCUCACCGACCUCCCGCUGCUUGGCCAUCCGCCACAAAAGGCACGCUGGCGUUCGAGGAUUUAGAAUUGAAAUAUUCUCCCGAAUUGGAACCUGUCUUGAAAGGUGUUUCUUUCGAAACCAAGCCCGCCGAAAGAAUCGGAAUUGUUGGUCGAACAGGAUCUGGAAAGUCGACCUUGGCUUUAGCACUCUUUAGGUUUGUUGAUCCUUCUGCUGGAAAAAUUAUUCUGGACGGUAUCGAUAUUACUACCAUUGGGCUCGAUGACUUGAGGUCACAGUUGACGCUCAUUCCUCAAGAUGCGGUUUUAUUCAAUGGAACUAUCCGUGAAAACUUGGACCCCUUCAACGAAUAUACCGACGCGGAAUGUAUCGAGGCCCUUCAACGUGUCCAUCUGAGAACAACCGACAGUCCUGGGCGCUCUCUCGCCACAAGCCGUGCGGCAUCCAUUAAAGAUGGUGCAACAACCCCCCUCAUCGCCGGAAUAGUUCAACCUGAAGAUGCGUCUCACGAUGUUUCUCAAAAGGCUAUUACUGUGCCGGAAGAGCCAGCUAGCGAUGAUUCAGAAACAUUGGUUGCCACUGCUGCCUCUGCAGCACCCAGCACUCCAGGAGGAACCGGUUCUGGACGUACAAUCUUCACUCUUGAGACCAAGGUCAGCGAAGGAGUUACUGUCGAUGGCAAGAGCUCUCUUGCGAAAAUCCAGUGUAUCGUUAUGGAUGAAUCCACAGCAUCGGUCGAUUUUGAAACUGAUGCCAAGAUCCAAACGACGAUUCGCGAAGAAUUUAACCAGAGCAUCUUAUUGACGAUUGCCCACCGACUCCGCACUAUCAUAGAUAACGAUCGUAUUCUGGUUCUUAACGCUGGUCGUGUGGUUGAAUUUGAUACCCCAGCCAAUCUCUUGAAGAAACCGGAUGGUGUCUUCCACGAAAUGUGCAAAAAGAGUGGUGAUUAUGACGAGUUGCUCGAGAUGGCAGAAUCCAAGGCUCGUUCGUAG